UAUAUGAGCUUUGGUUUAAACAAAUAAUUUAUGAACUAGAUUCUGUACGCAAUUUAUUUAACACGCAAGUAAUUGAAGAAUCAAAUACAAUGGAAAUUAUAAAAAGGUUGAACCGAAUCGUGUUGAUUCUUAAGCUUUGUGUUGAUCAAGUUCCAAUAUUAGAAACUAUGACCCCCCUAGAUUUUAUGGAUUUUAGGAAUUACUUAGCACCCGCGUCUGGUUUUCAAUCUAUGCAAUUUCGCUUACUAGAAAAUAAAUUGGGAUUGAAAUGUGAGCACAGAAUUGUAUAUAACCAAAAAUAUUCACAUGUUUUUGAAAAUGAUGAACUCGCAGCUCAAGCUCUUCAAGCCUCGGAAACUGAACCAUCGCUAUUAGAUUUGAUCCAGAAGUGGCUAGCUAGAACGCCAGGUCUUGAAAUAACUGGGUAAUUUUGGGAGAAAUUCCAACAAAGCGUAGAGCAGUUUCUUUAUAUUGAGGAGGAAAAAUCAAAAGGAGAGAAAUUGGAAGCGGUAAGGAAAUAUAAGUUAAUGGAUAUUCAAAAACGAAGAGAAGUAUACCGCACUGUGUUUGAUGAACAUAUACAUGAUUCAUUGCUACAACGAGGUGAAAGACGUUUUUCUUACAAAGCUUUACAAGGAGCAAUAAUGAUAACAUUUUACAGAGACGAACCAAGGUUUAGUCAACCACAUCAGAUUCUAACUCUGUUAAUGGAUAUUGAUUCUCUCAUAACUAAGUGGAGAUAUAAUCAUAUAAUGAUGGUACAGCGAAUGAUUGGAUCUCAGCAAAUAGGAACUGGUGGGUCUUCUGGCUAUCAGUAUUUGCGCUCUACUUUGAGUGAUCGCUACAAAGUUUUCCUGGAUUUAUUUAAUUUAUCAACUUUCUUGAUACCUCGGCCAUCAAUACCUCCAUUAAAUGAUGACAUAAAAGCUACUCUUAAAACGAUGAACCAUGUAGAUUAAAGUUCAGAUAUUCUGUGUAAUAUAUCUUUACUAUAACAAAAUAAAUAAAGUAAACGUA